UUAACGUCAAAACCACCGUCAUCAGCGAAAUGAACAAAGCCUCUCUUCCUGUCGAAGCUUACAAGCGUCAGCAAACAGAGCGGUGGUACUGAUUUACCUGGAGAAAAUCAGACAAGUUGAAGUAUCUUUCUGUUGGAGAGGAAGUAACGAAACUAGCAAUCCUUUCUUAUGAGAAGCCAAUGAUACUUCUGUUUGACAGUCACAUAAUAGGAAGGAGCUAUUUUUUGAACUUAUGGCUUAAUUAGAGAUUAUCAUAUUAUUGUGGGCAAGACAAAAUGAGUCAUACAGUUUUCCCUCGGAACUCUAUAGGAGAUAUUCAUUGUUUUCAUGGUUCACAUUUGAGCAAUAAACAAGCUGGGCCCAGUUGUUCUAUGGGGGAAGCAUCAAUCUUUCAUCGGAAUCAUUCAAUAAAGUGCAUUCCCAAAAGUUGGUCAUCUUUACGGUGGACAGUUCUCCAAUCAAGAAUAACUUCAUUUUCUUUGCCACGUAGAGAACUGAAAAGAUGUUUUUAUAUUGAUAGAGUUGAUGGAAAUGAUCAUGAUGAAUGGAGCUCUGAAAUUGAUAUAUUGAGUGUAGGGAGAGAAUUCAAGGAACAAAUGAGUAGUAAUAACAAUGGAUCUCGGAUAUUGUCUAUUGAUGGUUCUUUUGUUAAAAAUGAUGAGGAGACCAACAAUGAAAUCCUUCAACAUCUGUGCAAACAGGGAAGGCUCAUGGAUGCAUUGAGGCUUGUAGAUAGUAUGGCACGCAGAAAUCAAAUUCCUCACUUUGUAUGUUGCAGAAACCUAAUCAGGGGUCUCACUAACAUUCAACAGAUUGAUAAAGCUGUGAAGGUUCUUAAAAUCAUGAUCUUUUCUGGUGGGGUUCCAGAUGUUAUCACAUGCAGCAUGUUGGUUGGAGGUUUAUGUAAGAGAGGAAAAUUAAGAUCUGCCAUUGAUCUCCUGGAAGAUAUGAGCUUGAGUGGUUGCCCUCCAAAUGUGAUCACUUACAAUACAAUAAUUCGUAGCAUGUUUGACAAUCGAAACUUUGAUCAAGCCAUUCAAUUUUGGAAGGAGCAAUUAAGGCGGGGAUGCCCUCCAUAUCUGUUAACUUACACAGUUCUCCUGGAGCUAGUCUGCAAGUAUUGUGGAACUGUUCGGGCUAUGGAAGUAUUGGAGGAUAUGGCAGAUGAAGGAUGUUAUCCUGAUAUUGUCGCCUAUAAUUCAUUGGUUAAUUUUACUUGUAAACAGGGGAAGUAUGAAGAUGCAGCCUUGAUCAUUUAUAAUAUUUUGUCUCAUGGAAUGGAGCCCAAUUCUGUAACUUAUAACACGCUUCUCCAUUCUCUGUGUAGUUCUGGUUUUUGGGAUGAAGUAGAUGAGGUCCUCACAAUUAUGAAAGAAACUUCCCAUCUUUUGACUGUAGUUACCUACAACACGCUGAUUAACGGUUUGUGCAAGUCUGGACUUGUGGAUCGUGCCAUUGACUUUUUCCUUCAGAUGGCUUAUGAAAAUUGUUCGCCUGACAUUGUCACUUAUAAUACUCUCCUUGGUGCAUUAUUUAAAGAAGGAUUGGUGGAUGAGGCCCUUCAACUACUUGACCUUUUAAGCGCUAGUAACUGUUCUCCUGUGUUGAUUACUUAUAAUACUGUGAUUGAUGGAUUGACUAAACGGGGCUCUAUGGAUGAAGCAAUGAGAUUAUACAAUCAGAUGAUAGGCAAUGGGAUAACUCCUGAUAGUAUUACCCAUCGUUCAUUAGUUUGGGGGUUUUGCUCGGCAAAUAAAGUUGAGGGUGCUGUAGAGAUACUGAGGGAGAUGGGAAAGAGAGGGCACAGAAUCAAUAGUAAUACUUACAAAUUGGUGAUUGAUAGAUUAUGUGAAAAUGAGAAGGUGGAUGCUGCAAUCCAAGUACUAGAAAUGAUGUUUUCAAGUCGAUACGAGCCAGAUGAGGAGAUUUAUUCUACUCUAAUUAAAGGCGUGGCAGAUGCUGGUAUGGCAGAAGAUGCUAGUGAAUUGCGCAGGAAAUUGAUAGACAAAAGUGUUCUUAAAGAUCAAAACUUAUUGGAUUAACAUGAGUUUUAUGUAAGAGAAAACUGAUUUUUACUAUCCUUCUCUAGGUUUGAUGCAGGAAUUUUAGCUUUUCUUUUCGCACUCUUACCGUAGGCUGAGGAUCUUUUUCAACGUACAAAACAUGUUUGGAGUGGCUUGGCAUGUUAUAGAGUUGUAGUUUGUCCCUUUUAACAAUUUUUUAUUUUUUUAUUUUUUGUACAGUCUGUUUGGGAAGGAGAGGAAAUGGGAAGCAAAGAAAAUAACCUUGAAAAGUUUCUUUCCCUUGUUUGGAAACAUGGGAGAAAAUAAGAGUGGAAGGAAAAUUUUUAUCCAA